UGAAGUCUAUAGAGUUCACAGAUUCGAAGAUUGGUAAGAUAUGGCUUCGUCUCCAUGCAAUUCCUACUCUGAACCUCCCAUAAUUGAGCAAGUGAUCACCGAAUUCUUUGCCAAGAGCCUUCAUAUCAUACUCGAGUCGAGGUCCCCUAACGUCUCCUCUCGUAAUUAUUGUGGGGAUCAUUUUACCUCGUCGCCUUCCUCCUCCUCCUCCUCCUCCUCGAGCAGCCGGCCAAGGGAUAAGUGGUUCAAUUUGGCUUUACGGGACUGUCAUUUUGACCUCUGGUGGCAGAGCAAUCUUGAACCAUUGGUCAUUGAUGUGCUUUUGGUCCAUCAGUCAUCGGCCUCCAGUGCAACCCACCUGUUUCCUGGUGGGUGCCUACUUCUGAAUUCCUCGGGGAAGGAUAGGUUUCUAAUGAGUCCAAGAAUGGAUGAACUUGAAACUAAAAGCGAGAAGAUCGUAGAGAGAUGGGUUGUGCAGUAUGAGAGUCUAAAGAAAAGCAGCUUUGGAAGGGAAGUUUGGUCGGGUACUAGGAAAAGUAGCAGUGCAUCUGAAAUACCGACUUUGUACAAGAAAAUAUACAAGAGAACGGUCGUAAUGCUUCGGUCCUUAUAUGUGUUUGUUAAGCUGUUACCUGCUUAUAAAAUUUUUCAGGAGCUCAAUUCUUCUGGCCGAAUCUGCCCGCUUAGCCUUUCACACAGAAUCACUUCUUUUGUCGAGCCUUUCACUCGGGCAGAGGAUGCUGAGAUGAGCCAAUUCAGUUUUGUGCCAAUUGACACCCCAUGUGGCAGGCUGAGUCUGACUGUCUCAUACCUCCCAGCAUUGGAAGACCAGAGUUCGGAGCCUUCUACAGCAUUGUCUGCACAGUUUAUAAUGGAUUAUGUUGGUAGUCCGGCAACCGAGCCUCUUAAGAGCUUCCAGUCUGUCCCAUCAGCAGGACCACUGCCUCAGUUUGUCUCGAUUACUAGGCGACAUAGUUGGAGCAAUGAACAUGGGGGCAUGCCUUCAGGAUCUCCCUCUCCAUCACCUACAUACUUUGAUUCUCAAGCUACACACUAUAAUUCCAAUGUACAUCUCCCUCCUUGUCACCUGCAUGAUCAGCCUCCUUCUGCAGCAUCAGUCCUGCACAAUGCUUCAGUAGCUCAUAAGAAAAAUGCAAGUUUUGAAGAUCACCCGUCAUCAUUUCCAUUUUCACCUAUGUCUUCCCCUUCUACGCCAACCCAUUUUCCUGCUGGCCAUUUACCAAAUACUCUCUUAUGCUCUGAGAGUGCUCCUGUCAGCAUUCCUUUGCCUAGGCAUGGAAGCAACAGUGGCUUACUUAAUCAGGCCCUGCCUCCAUCUUCUCCUAAGCCUGAAAAGCCUGGGUGUUCUCCUCAAACUAAUACUCUUGGAGAUCAAAUUGCCACUGUCUCUGCAUCUCGGACUUCUUCCCCUGAAGAUAAGCUACAAACCAAGAGGGAACCAUUAAGGUUGGGGGACCUUGAGGCUGGCAUGUCUCUGGCAAAGGCAUUAUCUUUUGGGAAUGGUGAAGUUGGAUGUUUACGUGGACUCAAGUGCAGUUCACCACACAUCCCAUUUUCUAGAAGUUCUAGUAGGUUGUCUCUGCUGGGUGAUUUUGAUGAUUCUGAAUUUGCUUGUCCAUUUGCUGAUGAUGAAGAUAGAACAGAGUCAUGCAACAGGGUGGAACUUUCUGAAGGCAAAGAUCAAGUCAGUGAGAAUUUGGAAUCCAGAGGCCUGGUACCAGUCCAAAGGUCUCCAGAUGCUGCCGUAGGUGCACUUGUGCAAAUGCUUAAGACUGCACCACCUCUGCAGCAAGAUCUUUCCAACUCAAUCAGGUCUUCCCAAGUUUUCAGAGGGGACUUUCGGAACCUGAGGAUCCGGCAUAACGAAAGCAUGGAAGCUGAGGUGGCAAAAUCUGAAAGCCCUGCUUCAAAUUCAGAAAUUACAGCUUCAGGGCCAUCCAAGCCAAGGACUACGGCUGAUGGACUAGAAGAGUUGAGGAUUUACAAGGAGAUGAAAGAAUUGUUACUUAAACAAGGUGGAUCUAAAUCAUUGUGUGACAACCAUAAAGACAAGCCUGCAUGUGGAGGUUCUUCAUAAUCCUAGCCAUCUUGAUUCCUUCAUGUACAUAUAUACUGAGGAAGUUGAAUCUUUAGUAUACAACUUGAGGUAUUUUUGGCACUGUCUCUUGUACUAGCUCAUGAAAAUACAUAUAUAGAAGAACUGAUGUAUAUUUUCUUCACUCUUAGUUCAUGACAGGAUUGCUAAUGGCACUGUUUAUUUCCUAUGUAAAAUUAUGCUCUUUUGCUGACAUCCGUAAUUCAAAGUCAGCAACUUGGU